AUGAGUAACAACGGGAUUUAUGAAGAUUUUAAUGACUGUCUUAGGAUAGGAAUUCUCCAUAUUCCAUCUGGACGAUUUCUUACAGCUGAAGUAUUUAACAAUGAAAUUAAUAUUUCUGGAACAGCAUUACGGCGGCGUCAAGUUUGGUCGUUAAUUACUGAUCGAAAGCAUACUGAUACUUUGUUUUUACAAAAUUCUUUUGGUCGAUUUUUAUCUGUUAAUAAGGAUGGAAAAAUAAGUGCAUCUUUAAAACCAGGUUGUGAAGAACGUUUCCGUUUAGAAUUCUCACCAGAUAGUACCGGUGAAUGGGCUUUUAAAUCAGAUGCAUAUGGUUUCUAUCUAACUGGUUCCGAUACUCAAGUUUCGUGUUUUUCCAAAUCUCCUGUUUGGUGGUCAGUUCGUUUAGCAACCCACCCUCAAGUGCAUAUUCGUCACCAGUUCCGUUCACGUUACUUACGUCUUCUUAACGAUGGUCUUGAGCUUCGGGCUGAUCAACCAUAUCCAUGGGGCCCAGAUUCUGUUAUUUGGAUUGAACAGCCUCCAAUGGUUGCUAGUCAGUGUUUUGGUCGUGGUUCAAAUAUACCCUCAGUUGGCAAAGCUGCUGUUUCACGUCUUGGUCGUAUUGCUUUCAAAAUGCCAAAUGGAAAAUAUUUGAAACCAAAUGGAGAAAUGUGUGAUGAAAUGGAUGAUUCCACUUUAUUUUCUUUUGAAUAUCAUCCUGGAAGUCCCAGUACAUUUGCUUUUCGUAAUCAAAAUGGUCAUUAUUUAACUACAAUCGGACCUGGAACAGUUAAAGUAAAAGCAAAUACAAAUAUUGCUAAAGAAGAACUGUUUCUAAUUGAACAUGCUGCUUUAGAAAUUGGUAUAUUAGCACAUAAUGGAAAAUAUGCAUCAGUUAAACAAGGUAUUGAAAUUUCUGCAAAUCAACAUGAAUUAGACGAAACAUCUAUUUUUCAUUUGGAAUAUAUCGGUGGAAAAGGUUUCAAUGCUUUAGAGACUGUAGCAUCCAGUCCAGUACCGACUGCAUCAACAGGUUCAGAUGGUGGGAAUGGUUUUAGUGCUGAUUCAACUUUCAAUACAUGUUCAAUGAAUAAUAAUCAUUCCAUUAUAAAUGGUGUUCAUUCAGAUGUCUAUUUUUUAACAACAGGAUUUUGGCGUUUACGUUCUCGUAGUGGGAAAUUAUGGAAACUUGCACCAUCAUGUGGUGUAAAGAAUACUGCUUUGGAUGGAGAUCAAGAAAGUCUAUUUGAAAUUUUAACAAUGAAUAAAAUCAAUGAUAAACCAUUAUGUCCGAUUGUAUUUCGUUCAAAUAAUGAUGGACAGUCUUUGACUGCUCGUAAACUUGGUGCUCUAUCUACAAGUGGUCGUUUAAUUGAUGAAACUCAAUCACCAUCUUCAGAUGAACUUUUCAAUAUUGUUUUAACCAAUAGAAAAUCAAUUGUGUUUUUAUCUUCAUUAACAAGUGGCUUUUUAGUACGUGGAAAACAAAAUAUUCUAGAUUCAAAUGGAGUAACAUAUGAACCAUUUUAUGUACAAAUAACUAAAAGGCAUACUUAUAAAUUUUUUUCCCGCAAUCCAAAUUCAACAUAUUCCAUAUUGACAGCGAAUUUAGAUGGCUCACUACAACUUGAAUCUACUCGUCAAACACCUGGUGACGAAAAUAAUGAAGACAAGAAUAAUGAUGAUUUGAAAUAUGAAUUUCAACUUCAUUUUCUUGGUCACGGUCGAGUUCUCAUUCAAUCAUUGAACAUUGAACGUGGUGAUUCAAUGUGUCUAGUGAAAUCAGAAAUCAAAGGUGAUGUGAAAUUGGAUGUACCAACUGGUGGUCAUAUAACAGUGAAUCAUAUUUGGGAAAUUUAA